CAACAACAGCAACAACACAACAACAGCAGGUACUGCUGGGAGGCCACUGCGCGCCACUGCUGGGUGUAAGGACCAGGUUUCGCCUGUUGCUUGUCCAGUAAAGAGAAAAGAGGGAGUCAACUAGGGUAACUUGUACGCCAAUCUGACGCCUCACGACACACACUCGCGGUUACGUAAGUCGCAACCAACCACGCCACCCAUCCACCGAAGAAGGCAACAUGGCGACAGCCGUGAAAACUGCAGCAGGCACUACUUCAGCAGUGCUCCUCAGGGUUGCAGGGAGGCGACCACUCCUUCGCAGCGUCUCGACGGCGGCGGCGGUGUUCACAUCAUCCCGCCUGCUACCGCCGCCACCGCCGCCUCGGCCGCGGCUGCAGGGAACGGAGGCGGCAUCGGCACGGGGGCGCUUCAACCCCUCAGCCGUGGCGCGCAGUGGAGUGACCAAGGGUGUUGCGGCUGCGACCCUCAGUAGGUACCCGACGACACGGCGAUGCCUCAGCUCGGGAGCGUCGCCGGAGGGAGGGGACGGGGGAGAGCAGGCGGGGAGAGGAGCGGCCGCGGAGACGGGGCCAGCGAUACCGUUGGGAUCGAAGCUGGCGUUCAAAUCAAUUGUAGACGGCAAGCCGAUGCCCCCCGACGAUUUCGAAGGCAAGGCGGUUCUCGUCGUCAACACGGCCUCUCUCUGUGGGCUAACGCCGCAGUUGAAGGAGCUGGAGCUUGUGCACAAGCGUUUCCGCGGGGAGGGGCUCGUCGUGCUGGGGGUACCAUCCAACGACUUCGGUGCUCAAGAGCCGUGGGACGAGGAGAAGAUCAAGGACUUCUACGCGAAAGACUUUGGGGUCACUUUCCCGCUCACGUCGAAGACUGUAGUGGUGGGACCAGAGGCUCACCCGCUCUACUCGGCGGUCAUCGCUGAGUUUGGCCAAGACGUUGGACCGCAAUGGAACUUUCAUAAACUGCUGGUGGGUGCCGACGGCGCUCUCGCAGGGGUUUUUGGGUCGAACCUCAGCCCGCUAGAGCCGGACAUGACGGAGGCAAUAGAAGAUGCUCUGCCGGUCAAGUCCAAACCCGCACCAUGACGGAGACAUGCACGGGACCUGUUUUUUUGCUCGCUCUCGUUUCUGCGGCGAAACGGACGGUUUGAACAAUGCAGGGUGUUCCGUAUGGAUACGUAUCGGCCCGCACAUGAUGCCCGAACGCACAGUCUAUGCUGCACCCGGGUUCCUGUUGCAACGGGGGGCAAGCUUGUAGAUAGUAGCAAGCUACGCCGUGGCCCCGGUGCGCGGCGGAACACCAGUACCGGCGCGGAGGAAGAGGAACAGCUUGCUUUGCUCUAUCUAUCGCUUCGUUCCGAUGUCAACGGAUGGAGUGAUGAGUGCACUCAAUCAAGACAGCUCGAACAUUUUCCGGUCGAACCCUUGGAAGGCACGGGAUGGUUUGAGAAUGAAAUUGACCUUUUAUCUCUCGGUGGACUGCGUUAUUUCCGGUAGGCCUGUCCUCCAUCGGCCGUUUUAUUUUCGAUUUAGAUACACAAACUUUAUUUCUAUACUAAUUUCAAAUAAUUCCACCUU